UAAUUGUAAAGGACUAACAAGAUGCACGUAAGAAAAGAUCCAAUAUCAAGUUAAUUGAAAAAAGAAAAAAUAGGAGCAACUUGAUUCGAAGGUUAAAAUUUUGGACUAACUUUAGCAUUCAAUCUAUCACCGUCCUGGCGUCCUCGAAGCUAUAGUCAGAGUCACAGUCACGACUCACGACUCACGAUUAGCUUAUGUGACGGGUAAGCUGUUAGUUCUGGUGCCAACCACCGUCGAUCAACGAUGCCGAGCCACCACCAACUCCACGUUCCUCUCCGCAGUAACCCUUCCUCCUCCUCCUCCUUCGCCUCACUAUCUUCCAACUCUUUCCUCUCCAAGAUUCUUCUCCUCCUCACCCUCCUCCCAGUUUCCUUGGCAGCCAUAGCAUUCGUCCUCCAAUGGCGAGGUGGCAUAACAGAUCCAGCUUCCCUUUUGUCCCCUCCUGGUUCUCACCACUUCCCUGGUAUGGCAGACCCUUCUCCUCUCUCCCCCCUCUCACACUCCUCCUCCGCCUCCGACUGUCUUAAUCUUGGCCGCACCUCUUCCCCCUCCUUCCCUUACUACCACAACUGGAAACUUGACUAUGCCGCUAAUAUCAAACCUAAGAUCUGUAUUACGACUAGUACAUCGGCAGGGCUAGAACAGAUUCUACCUUGGAUGUUUUAUCAUAAAGUCAUUGGAGUGACGAACUUCUUUCUCUUUGUGGAGGGUAAGGCUGCUUCUCCUGAAGUAUCAAAGGUCCUGAAAUCAAUUCCGGGUGUCAAGGUUGUAUAUAGAACAAAGGAGCUGGAAGAGCAACAAGCAAAGAGCCGAAUUUGGAACGAGACAUGGCUAGCAGGUUUCUUUUAUAAACCAUGCAAUUACGAACUUUUUGUGAAGCAAUCCCUCAAUAUGGAGAUGGCUAUUGUCAUGGCAAGGGAUGCUGGUAUGGAGUGGAUUCUUCACCUUGAUACGGAUGAAUUAAUACACCCAGCGGGUGCUCGAGAGUAUUCUUUGAGGCAGUUGCUUCUUGAGGUUCCAGGAAAUGUAGACAUGGUCAUAUUUCCCAACUAUGAGAGCAGUGUUGAGCGAGAUGAUAUUAAAGAACCUUUUAGUGAGGUAUCAAUGUUUAAGAAGAAUUAUGACCAUCUUCCAAAAGAUACAUACUUUGGCAAUUACAAAGAUUCUGUACGUGGGAAUCCAAACUACUUUCUGACUUACGGAAAUGGUAAAUCAGCUGCCCGUAUACAAGAUCAUCUUCGUCCAAAUGGUGCACACAGAUGGCAUAAUUACAUGAAAUCCCCAAAUGAGAUCAAGUUGGAGGAGGCUGCUGUUUUGCAUUACACAUAUGCUAAAUUCUCAGACCUCACUUCCAGACGUGAUCGCUGUGGUUGCAAACCUACCAAAGAAGAUGUAAAAAGAUGCUUCAUGUUGGAAUUUGACAGAUCUGCUUUCAUCAUUGCUUCAACAGCAACUGAGGAUGAAAUGUUGAAGUGGUAUAAUGAGCACGUUGUGUGGGGUGAUAAAGACGUGAAGUUGAAACUGCUGAGGAAGGGGAUAUUGACUCGCAUAUAUACUCCCAUGGUCAUAAUACAAAGUUUGAGGGAAUCUGGGGUCUUCAGCUCAGUUAUUGCAUCUGCGCCAACACUUUCCAAAGAGAAUUUUUUGCUCUCUAUCGAUAGUAGCAACUCAUCAAGAGCUGAUGCCUCUGCAUCACUCCCUAGAAAGACUGUAAGGACCUUGGAAUCUGAAGCUACCGCAAGGAGAGUUCUGGAUAUUGAAUCUGCUGCAUUUCAUGAAAUGGCUGUUCCGCCAAUGUCUCCACCAGAAGUAGAAGAUAAUGAGCCCUAUUCUCACUCUUGAAGUCUUGAUCAAUCUUACACCAUUUCCUUCCCCUUCCAUCUAUAUAUAUACUAUGUCCAAUCAUAUGCAGCGGAAGAAGAGCAAGUUUGCUGCA